CUGGACUCUUCUCAUCCGUGUCCGUGACAUCUGUCAGCUUUUUUUUAUCUUUUUUUUAUCAUCUCUCUUCCAUCCUCCUCCCACACCCCCCGAAAAGUUGGUUUCUUCCCUAAUUAGCCGACUUGCUGCUCCCUUUUUCUCUCCUACCUCUCCCUAUCCCUCCAACCUCUAACGAACCCGCCCCUCUCCGCCGACGAACUUCCCUCUCGAACCCCCUCCCCCCUCCUCCCACGACCCGACGACGACGACGAAAGACGACAAGACCGUUUUGGGCCACGCGCUUCUUCUUUUUCCUUUUCUCUUCGCGAACGCCACUACUGGCCUAUGUCACCUGCCGAGACGUCCUGUUGACGCAAUUGACCAUCGACUCGGCUCAACCCGUCGGCCUUUUGACCUUUCGACGACACCACUACGAGAGGGUAGUCGACCGUCCAGCUUACCGUGCUGACACCCCCCACCGUCUCCUUUGACGCGCAGCCUGAAGAUUGUCAAGCCUCAGCCAGCUUCGCCCGUCUUCGGCCAGCUCGCUCAGCACUUCCCAUCGCCGCAACCGCAGCCGACGCCUUGCUCGAGGGAAACUUCGUCCCUGCCGCUCGUUCACGUUUACUUGGCAAUUCGCAUCGCCCGACACACGCCUCGUCCGACAGGAAACCCUUUUCUCGCUGCUUCGACCAGACACAGAUACGGCUUUGCUUUUUGUUCGUGGUUCGCGCGUUCAUCCAAACGAAAAAUCUUAAUCGUCGCUUCGCACCGCAAAUCGCCAGCGCCAUCGUGCCCCUUGACCAAUCCUAAUCCAUCUCGACGACACGUCUCUUCGCCCAGCGCUAUCGCCUCAGGGAGCCAUCCUAUCUCUCAUCCGACUUUCAUCCAACACCCGCCUGACCAGCUGACCGACCUUCUCUUUCUUCUUUCACGACUCUGCUGGCCACGGUAAGCCGCAGCCGCAGUCAUGGAUCUUUUUAGACGAGCCGUCAAGGCUAUUCCCUCGACGGCACCUCAACUACCCACCGCCGACGAGAAGCCUACCACAAAGCAUGCUCGCCAGAAUAGACUGGCAUCGCGCCUCGCCUUCUUCAGAAGACCUUUGCGCCUCCGUGGUAACUCGAGCAUCUCGGUGCCCCUCGGCGUCGUCAUCCUCUUCCCUCUGAUCGUUGUCAUCCUUAUCCUCGUGCUGUUCGUCAGACAUCCUAGUUCUCCUGGAAGAAUAUUGAUGCCUGCCGGUGCACCGCCAGCCAUCAGAAAAAUCAGCGAGGAGCACGACAAGGUGUUUGUCACCGGAUGCCUCGAGCCCGACACGAGCAGACCCAAGGCCAACGGCGCCUUUGUCGUCCUGGCCCGCAACAAGGAGUUGGACGGUGUCAUCCAAUCCAUCAAGUCCAUCGAGCGCCACUUCAACCGCUGGUACCAUUACCCCUACGUCUUCUUGAACGACGGCGAUUUCAACGAGACCUUCAAGGAGGUCGUCAAGAACUACACGUCCGCCCCCGUCGAGUUCGGCAAGGUUGGCCCUGAGAUGUGGGGUUACCCCGACUGGAUCGACCACAAGGUCGCUAAGGAGGGUAUCGCCAAACAGGGUGAUGCUGCCGUCAUGUAUGGCGGCUUGGAGAGCUACCACGCCAUGUGCCGUUUCUACUCUGGAUUCUUCUACAAGCACGAGCUUCUCGCCAAGUAUAACUGGUACUGGCGUCUCGAGCCCGAGAUCAAGUACUUCUGCGACAUUACCUACGAUCCUUUCUGGGCCAUGAUCGAUGCCAACAAGACGUAUGGUUUCACCAUCGCCGUCAAGGAGCUCCGCGAGACUGUCCCCAACAUCUUCAGAUACGCCUCGGCCUACAAACGCCUUAAGGGUCUCAAAUCCAAGGGCCUGUGGGAGAUGUUCGUUGACCCUGUCGAGAAGAAGGAGGAGCCGCCUACCGACCAGAGCCCCCUCCCUGAGGAGGUCCUGCGCAGCGACCCAAAUCGCAAUAACCUGCCCGAUGUCGACCCCGAAGCUAUGGAAGGCGAGACAUACAACAUGUGCCAUUUCUGGUCCAACUUCGAAAUUGCUAGCCUUGACUGGUUCCGUAGCAAGGAGUACGAGGAGUUCUUCGAGAUGAUGGACCGCAGUGGAGGCUUUUGGAUGGAACGCUGGGGUGACGCCCCUAUCCACUCCUUGGCUGCUGGUGCCCUGCUCUCCCCCCGUGAUAUCCACUACUUCCGAGACUUUGGUUACCGACACACCACUAUCCAGCACUGCCCUGCAAACGCCCCUGCCCGACAGCUGCCCAGACCAGCCUACCUCGAGAAGACAACUCUUGACGAGAAGAAGCGCUCUGAAGAGGACAAGUACUGGGACGACUGGGAUGCUGAAAAGGAGAACGGAGUUGGAUGCAGGUGCAGAUGCGACACCGACAUUGUCGAUGUUGAGGGCAAGGAGGGUUCAUGCCUUGCUGAAUGGGUUGACGUUGCAGGUGGAUGGGCCAGCCCGUGAUCGCAACUGCAACCUCAACUGCAACAUGACAACAUUGCAUACGAUGCCACAAGUCCAUAGCCAGCACACACACUGCUUCUGGUACCUGGCACCAAUUACAGGGGAAACGAUCAGCACAAGGGAUUGUAUAUUGACGAAGCGGGGACGCUAGACUCUCUUGUCUUCAGAGGGAGUCUUUUUUAAUGUUCGCACGCUUGGGUGUAGCGGCAUUGCCAUUAUCGGUCUUUCUCGAGUUCUUUGGGAGUUUGAGGGUUUCAAAGUUUCGGCCAUUGUCCAUAAUCGGGUUCUGUUCAUUUUCAUUCUUCAUUACACACACCACAAGGGAUUGCGACACAUGACAUAGAGAGGUGGAAAGCUACAGAAACGGCUGGCUCAGGUCAUCAUCAUCUCCUGGGCCAAGAGUGGUCUUUUUUCGGUUUUUGGAGAGGGAGAGAAAGAGAGACGCUGUACAGACAGACAGAGAGAG